GCCUGACACGGGGCUCCAACUCACCACGAGAUCAUGACCCGAGCUGAAGUUGGACGCUUAACCUGCUGAGCCACCCAGGCGCCCCAAGGGUGUUUUGGUUUUUUUUUUUUUUUAACUGAUUUAUGGAGAAUAGGAUAUAGGUGUUAGAGCAAGGUAAAUUAUUAUAAAUUAUUAAAAAGAAUUUACUUUGCUAUUCACUUCCCUCAAGCUUUAGCCACUAUUGGAAAGAAUUUAAGGCUCUGGAGUGAGACUUAACGGUUCAAAACUAUGACCCAUUAUUAACUAGUUUGGUUACUUGGAGCAAGCUGCUUUAUCAUAAUCUUUUAUCUAUGAACUUGUGCUAAAAAAAACCUACCUCAUGGGUUUACUGUGACCUUUAUAAAUGACAUUAUGAAACAAAGAGCUGCAGAAAAACUUAGUUCUUUUCACUUCUUUUCUACAUACAAAUGUUUCAGUUUUGCAUUAGUUGAAGGACUGCUUUAUGUCUUUAACUCUGAUAACUUGGUUACCCCCAGAAUGAGAUUUAAUGGUCUCUACUGGGCCUUUGCCAAGGAUAGUUAUCCUAUUGUUGUUACUUCUAUGUAAUAAUCCAUAGGUUUUUUUUUUCUGCCUCUCAACAUUUUUUUUAGCUUACAGUUACAUGUGUACAUCUUGUUUACCCUGCCUGACUAAAUUUCUGACUUGGGCACAUAUUCCAUAACUUUCUGUCACAUAAUGCUUAUGACACGUUAUUCAGUGAAUGCAAAGUUUGCUUAUCAACCUCUUUAAUCAAGUUUAAAAUUUUAAUUGAAUGUAACAAAAUUUAAACUUAGUAUUAGCCCAAGGAAAUAUUUUGGAUAAAAAUGUCAUUCCUGGUCUCUGUAGUGCCUACUUCAAUGGAAAUGCCAUGGGUUUUGCUUUUAUCAAAAGGACAUCAACACUAGUGCAUUUUUUUUUUUUGUCACUAGUGCAUUUUAAACUGAUACAAGAGAAAUUACCCAGUAGAAACUGGAAAGAAGUAUAGGUAUUCAAAACAGAAAGCUAUCCUUUUUCCUUUAUAACAAAUUUUAUAACCCUAUAAAGUCAUCUCUCAUUAUACUAUAAUUCUCAUUAAAAAUAUACUAACUUCAGCCUGGCGUUGACGUUAGAAGAAUGCCCAGGCUGUCCCAACAGCUUGAUGCUGCCGCCUAGUGUUUGAUUUCCCUUGAAGUUUUCUUGAGCUUAGCUUCAUCUUCCGAAAUAAGAUCUAUUUAAUUUAGAAUUAGAUUCCUUAGUGCUAGAUUAUAUGCAGACUACCAUGGGAUUUCCUCCACCUGGUUAGUGUUUUUAAUAAGAUGGGCACGGUCAUUUUGAAUUGGUUAACUUGAUUGCUUUUAGCUGCUAGUUUUACAAGAAUGCAGCAAGUUUUGGGUGGAGGUAAAACUGUAUAAUGCCAGGUUUCCCUGCAAGAAUAAAUGUGGGGUUUUUAAAAAACAGGAGAAAGGUGUAUGUUAUAGGUGUAUUUUUGAAGUUAGCUUUGUAUAUGAAUAACAGCAAUUUUAUUCGUCUAAUCUGGGUUUAUGGUGUGAAAAGAGUAAUAGAAAAUUUUGUUUUCUGGCUUAAUUUAGUCCCAUUUAGCUUUGUACUGCCUUGACUGUACUGAAAAUAAAAUUUGAGAACAUUAAACAUAUGGAAAAAUAGAAAUGAAGGUACAUAUGCACACAAAAUUUUGCCUCAUUUGUUUGCUGACAUUUAUUUUCCAUCACUGCAACCAUUGCCAUGAAGAACAUGACCAUGGUUCUGAAGAACAUCACAGACAUCGUCGUGGGAUGACAGAAUCGGAGUCAAGCAAAUUUUCAGUGCUGGAUGCUGAAAAUGAAAAAAAAUAUUACAUUGAAAAACUUUUUGACCGUUAUGGUGAAAAUGGAAGAUUAUCCUUUUUUGGUCUGGAGAAACUUUUAACAAACUUGGGCCUUGGAGAGAUAAAAGUUGUUGAGAUUAAUCAUGAGGAUCUUGGCCACGAUCAUGUUUCUCACUUAGAUAUUUUGGCAGUUCAAGAGGGAAAGCAUUUUCACUCCCAUAACCACCAGCAUUCCCACAAUCAUUUAAGUUCAGAAAAUCAAACUGUGACUAGUGUAUCAACAAAAAGAAACCAUAAGUGUGAUCCAGAGAAAGAGACAAUUGAAGUAUCUGUCAAAUCUGAUGAUAAACAUACACAUGACCGUAAUCAUCGCUUAUGUCAUCACCAUUGUUUGCAUCACCACCUAGAUCAUAACACCACUCGCCAUUUUCCCAAUGAUUCCAUUGCUCACAGUGAGCGUGGGGAGCCUAGCCAUGAACCUUCAACAGAGACCAAUAAAACACAGGAACAAUCUGAAAGUAAGCUACCAAAAGGAAAAAGGAAGAGAAAAGGGAAGAAAAGUAAUGAAAAUUCUGAGGUUAUUACACCAGGUUUUCCCCCCAACCAUGAUCAGGGUGAACAGUAUGAACAUAAUCGGGUCCACAAACCUGAUCGUGUACAUAACCCAAGUCAUUCUCACGUACGCCUUCCGGAACAUAAUGGUCACGAUCCUGGUCAUGGACACCAAGAUCUUAAUCCUGAUAAUGAAGGUGAACUUCGACAUACUAGGAAGCGAGAAGCACCACAUGUUAAAAAAAGUGCAAUUUAUUCAGCUGCUACCCACAAAGAUCAUAAUGAAGAUGACCGUCAGCAUGAGUGUUUGAACGUCACUCAGUUGUUAAAAUACUAUGGUCAUGGUGCCAAUUCUCCGAUCUCACCUGAUUUAUUUACAUACCUUUGCCCUGCUUUAUUGUAUCAAAUCGACAGCAGACUUUGUAUUGAGCAUUUUGACAAACUUUUAGUUGAAGAUUUAAAUAAAGAUAAAAAUCAGGUUCCUGAAGAUAAGGCAAAUAUAGGGGCAUCAGCAUGGAUUUGUGGUAUCAUUUCUAUCACUGUCAUUAGCCUGCUUUCCUUGCUAGGCGUGAUCUUGGUUCCCAUCAUUAACCAAGGAUGCUUCAAAUUUCUUCUCACAUUCCUUGUUGCACUAGCUGUAGGAACAAUGAGUGGAGACGCCCUUCUUCAUCUACUGCCCCAUUCUCAGGGUGGACAUGAUCAUAGUCAUCAACAUGCACAUGGGCAUGGACAUUCUCAUGGACACGAAUCUAAGAAGUUUUUGGAGGAAUAUGAUGCUGUAUUGAAAGGACUUGUCGCUCUAGGAGGCAUUUACUUGUUAUUUAUCAUUGAACACUGCAUUAGAAUGUUUAAGCACUACAAGCAGCAAAGAGGAAAACAGAAAUGGUUUAUGAAGCAGAACACAGAAGAAUCAACUAUUGGAAGGAAGCUUUCAGAUCAUAAGUUAAAUAAUACACCAGAUGCUGACUGGCUUCAGCUCAAGCCUCUUGCCGGAACUGAUGACUCGGUCGUUUCUGAAGAUCGACUUAAUGAAACUGAACUGACAGAUUUAGAAGGUCAACAAGAAUCCCCUCCUAAAAAUUAUCUUUGUGUGGAAGAGGAGAAAAUCAUGGACCAUUCUCACAGUGAUGGGUUACAUACCAUUCACGAACAUGACCUCCAUGCUGCUGCACACAACCACCAUGACGAGAGUAAGACUGUGCUGAGGAAACAUAACCACCAGUGGCACCACAAGCAUUCUCACCAUUCUCAUGGGCCCUGUCAUUCUGGGUCCGAUCUGAAAGAAACCGGCAUAGCUAAUAUAGCUUGGAUGGUAAUCAUGGGGGAUGGCAUCCACAACUUCAGUGAUGGGCUAGCAAUUGGAGCAGCUUUCAGUGCUGGACUGACGGGAGGAAUCAGUACCUCUAUAGCUGUGUUCUGUCAUGAGCUGCCACAUGAGUUAGGUGAUUUUGCAGUUCUUCUUAAAGCUGGCAUGACUGUAAGGCAAGCAAUUGUAUACAACCUCCUCUCUGCCAUGAUGGCUUACAUAGGCAUGCUUAUAGGCACAGCUGUGGGUCAGUAUGCCAAUAACAUCACACUUUGGAUCUUUGCAAUCACUGCAGGCAUGUUCCUUUAUGUCGCCUUGGUGGAUAUGCUUCCAGAAAUGUUGCAUGGUGAUGGUGACAAUGAAGAACAUGGCUUUUGUCCAGUGGGGCAAUUCAUUCUUCAGAAUUUAGGAUUGCUGUUUGGAUUUGCCAUCAUGCUGGUGAUUGCCCUCUAUGAAGACAAAAUUGUGUUUGACCUCCAGUUUUAACCAUUCCCAGUCACCAUUGUGGAUUACGAGAAUGUUCCCAUGCAGCUGUGCAGCUGUUCCUAGUGCUGUGCGCACAUUUUGCUCAAAGAAAAGUCAGUGGCUUGCACUACUUACAAGUUCCAUAGAUCUGAGCCUAACCACAAAAGACUGGUUGGUGCUCAGUACUGCUUUUCCCUGUGUGAAGGGGUCUUUUAAAAAUACAAAGCUUGUGAUAAAGAAAGGAGAAAAUGGGACUCCAUGAACCAAUGUUGAUAUAGGUUUAAGACUUUUAAAAGAAUAAUCAUAUAAAACACUAAAGUAGUCUCUUUGGUAGUAGAAACUUCUGUGGCUAUGCAGAAAUAGAAAUUGAACCAAAAAAAUCAUUUAAACUUUAAAAAUAUUUUAAAUGGACUUCGGGCAGACUUUUCUUUGUGCUAAAAAUGAAUUGUAGCAUCCUUUAAUUCAGUUACAUAUAUACAUAAGGUAAUGGGGAUCAACUUGAUACAGUUUUGAAACUGCAUUAGGUAGGCUAUAGGAACUAGAGGAAGGCUCAGGCUGCAUUAGAGUAUGAAUUUAGCAUUGGGAAAAGCCCUUAUUCUUGAAUCUAGAGUUACUAUUUUUGUAUAUAUUGGCAUAGUGUUUAAACUUGCAGCCUAAACUACUGAAAUCUGUGAUUGUAUGUUUGUGUGAGCUUCAGUUUAACGAAAGAUUCAUAAUGGUUCUUCGUAUUAAUAUUAUACUUGGUGUUUGGGUGUUUUUUCUUUCAAACUUUAAUUUUGUUUUUGUUUUGGGAUUUUUGGUGGGGGUAGGGAGUUGGAGCAUGUGGUAAAAUGUUUUUUUCAUUCAAAGUGUAACCCUCUAGGAAAUAUCAGAACACAGAAGAACCCAAACAUCUAAAUAUUCAGUUCUGCUACUUUAACAGUACUAACUAGUUAUUUGGGAAAUUUAAGUUCUAAAUGUAUGCAUUGCUUUACCAGCUUGGCUUUGGAACCUAGAGCACAUGCUGUGACUGGCAGUGAGGUAAGGCAGAAAAUCCACGUUUACCAUAUCCUAAUCUGUAUGUCCAUUAAAAUGGUUAUGAGGAAAAUCUCCAUCGAUACCAUAGCUAGCAUGGUACUGAGUGACUUGGGAGAUACACUUAAAUAACUCCGCUAAAAUCACUUAAUCAUUUUGUGCCAAGAUAUGCUGUUGGUGCCUGAUAGGGGUUGGUCUCUUUUAUAGAUGCCCUGUUCUACCAUAAUUGAGUGGUUUGUGAGAAGUGCGAGCCGUGUUUAUCCUGAAUUUUGACCCAGUAAUUUGUAGUAUUAGUCACAUUGCAUGUAGCUUUCUGUUGACGUCUUGUGCCACACGCCUUCAUUCAUGCCAGGUAAACUGUAUUUGAACUAUGUGCAGGCAGCUUGGUUUUAAUCUGCUUGGCUACCAGUGCGGCUGCUUUAAAAAUCUUACUGUUCAAAUAUUUAAGAGCCAAACUCUUUCCAUUCCAUUUACCAUGUUUUCAUUUCCUCCUCCUUUUCCUCAGCCCCUUUCCUCUUACUUCAUGAACUUUAAACAAAAAAAUAAAACUUCGAGAGCAGCACAUGUUUCCAGGUAUUAAGAGUAUUGCCAGUGUUUCUUCUUUAUGCUGUGAGCGAGGAAGCUUAGGUGUUAUUUCCUUAAUUUGUGCCUGAAUUUGAAAAAUUAUUUCUGGCUUUUCUCACGGCCUCCUGUAAUAAGUAGGUUUUGGUUUUCUGUGGUGUUUUUUUUUUUUUUUUUUUUUUUUUUUUUUUUAACAUAGAAUAUCUUCAGCAUUGGGCACUGAAUUAGGACAGCCUUCAUCUCAUUGCUUGGCCCUUCAAGCAACCUAGUAAAAGGUGCUGUUAUUUUAUUUAGUACUGCCAACUUCGAGUGAUUAAAAUAUCUUGCUUUCUGAACCAAGAUAUAUAAUUCAUUUUUGCAUUUUUAUACCCAAGGAAGAUUCUGCAUUCCGGCAUUAAAUCUGCUUAAUUUUAAAACUUUUAUGAAAAGCAACAGUUGGAAUAUACUCCCUGUCUUAAAGGUCUGGUUGAAAACAAACAGGUUCUGCUGAAGUAUAUAAAGUUUUAUAUUCUCUCAAAAAUGGUAUUAUAUUAUCUUCAUUUGCUAGAUUUUUUAAAACUUGUUAAGAGGGCUGUAACAGUUGCUGCUAGUGUUUUGUUAGGGUUCCACCAGUAUUUAGUUUUCAUGUCAUUCUGAUGUAUAGUUUCAAGUCUGACCAGACAAUCUGAAUUCCACUACAUUUCUGUUCGGCUCCAACAUUCCAUUGAGCUUGACCAGUCUAAUUUAACAUGUGUUUGUUGGAGGUUGUUAAUGUUACUUGUACAAUGCUGUCACUGUGUGACAUCCAUAUGAAUUUUGGUGUAUAUCACAUUGCAUUCAAUCAGCUGUGAUUAUGCGUAGAAAUACAAUAGUAACUAGAUGCAGUGUGAAUUUUUUCCAUUAACAGUAAGUCAGUGGCUUAAAUAUGAUUAUGGUCCUGCAAGGUGAUACUUGCUAAAAUAUCUAAACCUUUUUUUGUUGUUGUAACUGAAUCAUUUUUAAAAAAAAUUUAUAAAGCUGGAAAUGAUCAAAUGCUGUUUUUUUCAUUGUCAACAGUGGUGUGUCAUUUUAUGUAUGUUCCUAAUGCUUAUGGAACUCUCCCAAAAUAAAGUUAUUCAAAAAGAGCAAA